UUGGCUGUAUAAUUUCUGUCGGCAGUCUCACAAGCGCAUCGCCAUUCCCCUUUCUCCUUCGCACCUAUAAAUUCCACUUUCUUCCUUCCCAACUCUCACCAUCUCUCUCACUCUCCUUCUUCCCCAAAUCGCAAGAUCCCAUUGCCAAUCAACUCAAGUUUGAGAGAUGGAGACCUUCCUUUUCACAUCCGAAUCUGUGAACGAAGGACACCCAGACAAACUCUGUGACCAAGUUUCAGACGCCAUUCUCGAUGCAUGCCUUGAACAAGAUCCAGAAAGCAAAGUCGCCUGUGAAACAUGCACGAAAACCAACAUGGUCAUGGUCUUCGGUGAAAUCACCACCAAAGCCACCGUCGACUACGAGAAAAUAGUCCGGGACACCUGCAGAGAGAUCGGAUUCACAUCCGCCGACGUCGGACUCGACGCCGACAACUGCAACGUUCUAGUCAACAUCGAGCAACAAAGCCCAGACAUCGCUCAAGGUGUCCAUGGUCACCUCACCAAGAAGCCAGAAGAAAUCGGCGCCGGCGACCAAGGUCACAUGUUCGGGUACGCCACCGACGAAACCCCGGAGCUCAUGCCACUCACCCACGUCCUCGCAACCAAACUCGGCGCCAAACUAACCGAAGUCCGAAAAAACAAAACUUGCCCAUGGCUCCGACCCGAUGGGAAAACCCAAGUCACCGUUGAGUACCACAACGACAACGGCGCGAUGGUUCCGACGAGGGUUCACACUGUUCUAAUCUCCACCCAACACGACGAAACAGUCACCAACGACCAAAUCGCCGCCGAUCUAAAAGAGCACGUCAUCAAACCAGUUAUCCCAUCUCAAUACCUCGACGACAACACCAUCUUCCAUCUCAACCCUUCGGGGAGGUUCGUCAUCGGUGGUCCUCACGGAGACGCGGGUCUCACCGGCCGGAAAAUCAUUAUCGACACGUACGGUGGAUGGGGAGCUCACGGCGGCGGUGCUUUCUCCGGGAAAGAUCCGACGAAGGUGGAUAGGAGUGGUGCUUACAUUGUGAGGCAAGCGGCGAAGAGUAUUGUGGCGUCGGGACUUGCACGGCGGUGUAUUGUUCAGGUGUCUUAUGCGAUUGGGGUGGCGGAGCCGUUGUCGGUGUUUGUUGACACGUAUAAGACUGGGAAUAUUCCGGAUAAGGAUAUUCUUGUUUUGAUUAAGGAGAAUUUUGACUUUAGGCCAGGGAUGAUGGCUAUUAAUCUUGACUUGAAAAGAGGGGGGAAUUUUAGGUAUCAGAAAACGGCUGCUUAUGGGCAUUUUGGUCGUGAAGAUCCGGAUUUUACAUGGGAGACUACCAAAAUUUUGAAGCCCAAAGCUUAAUGGAUUCUUAAGAGGUAAACAUUCAUAAUUUAUGAGUUUGUAUGAUUGUUUUGUUAUUUGUUUUUGAAUUCUUUGUAUUUGUUUUUAAGCGUUAAGCAUUUUGUA